AUGCAAGCUUUCCACCCCGUAGCAGCAGGUGUCACAUUGAGCGCAGAAGUGCUGCGAUCAAGUCGUUCGUUGCGCAAACUGACCAAAGGUACGAAACACGCGCGGAUCAAAAUCGUGGGCUUGUCAAAAGAGAUGGAUCUCUUCGCAGACCUAUACGACGAGUUGUUUAGAGUGUGUAUCUUCGACUCGAGUACCACCACCUGCACACAGUCGCCUGUGAAACGACUCGUUGCCUGGACCGAGGAAACGAUAGACGCGUUUAGGAAUCUACUGGAUCGGAUUCAGGAUUUGGUUGAUAUUUCGAGGGACUCGGUAGUUGAUGUAUUGGUCGCCCGCAUGAAAUGGCGUGCGAUUGAGAGAGAGAUGGAGUGUAUGCGUAUGUCGCUCAGUAUCUCACGGCAGGGAAUCAAGGGCUUCAUAAAUAUAAGAGUGUUUGAGAAACUUGAGGAAGAAGAAGAUAUGCUAAGAAACACGAUUGAGCGCGGAGAUCGACAGAGUCUUGAAGAACGAUUUGGCAUGACCUUGGAGGAUCGAGUAAGAACGGUGAAGCAUAUGAGAAACAACUGUCGCAAGCAAAGACACACGAUCGAACAUCGUUUAAAAAAGACAAAAAUUGACUUUCUCGAAGAACAUGAGAAGAAAACCCGGGGGAGCAUCAACGUUCCGGAGCCACAACAGUUGUUCCAAUUCACAAGAUCUGUGGAGAAGUACGUCGAUAAUGUGUUGCCCGCGAAAGAGUCAGGCAGACGCCGUCGCAGUCGAAGCAAGUUUGACUCGGGAAGCCAACUAUCCGGCAGUCCCACAUCAUUGACGCCAGCCGCACUAGACGGAGCAGCGAGAUCCACGUCCAGUGUAUCCUCUGCAAGAGCGGAAACCCGUUCGGUUCCGGAGGAUCGCAUCGAAACCUCAAGCGGGUGCACACGGUGUUCUAGCACUUGUGGUCACGUUGCAGAGCACGGAAAAAGUAACAAGUCUUAUGCAAAUCUCACGACACUACCAGAUUUAACAGAAGUCCUGGGGCUCGCGGGUCCAGUUGGCCAGCGAGACUUCCUGGCCGUGCCAGGGAGGAGUCAUAGUGCGACGGAUCAUGGCCGCGAACCGUACUAUGGUUGUGGCUCUUCGACACAGUCGUCGUCAUCACGCGACCCCAGAGUCUCUCUGGAAGCCACGCCAAUCGAGAGUCAGACCAAGAGUGACCUUCAUGAAGCGACAUCGAGCAUUGCAAGCGAAGAUUUCGAGACCUGGUGGCAGACCAGAGGAGCGCCAGAGCCAGAUGCUUUUACGGCAUUGGAACAGAAAGCUCAGCUCGUCAAUGGAGAUGUUGCGUAUGAUGACGUUUCGAGUGAAGACGAGAUUGAAAGUUCGCGUUGGCGUCACCCUCAGAGCUCAAAUCAGAGCUGUCGUCUUCACCAGAGGACAUCAUGGUCAUCUCUCCUUGUCCCGCGGUGA